UUUUUAGCGGUGUGGCAUGGUUUGGUUAUAUAUUUUGGAUCAUUAUUAUUUUUUGAUGAAGGAAUACUUGGUGAUAAGGUAAUGUCUUUACUAAGUGAUCUAAUUUAUGGUGGGUUUUUUCCCCUAACUAUUGUAUUUUUGUUUACUUUUUCCAGGCAUUUGGAAACUGGUCGUUUGGUCAAUUUGCUUAUACUAUCGUUGUUAUUGUUUGUAAUCUUAAGGUUAGUCACGUGUUUCCUUGAAUUUAUUUUUUCCGCCCAUGUGUUCUUUAUUACAAAACGUUAUAGAAAGCUGAUGCAGCUAUACGUCGUGUACUUUUGUCGUUGAAGGUAAUUUUCCAUUCUAAGUAUAGUCCCCUUCCUACUUAAAGUAAAGAUUUCUAUUCCAACUUUCAUCUUUUGCUCUGCAAGAAUAUCUUCGACAGUUAUAUUUGCACCACAACCUACGUUGACACAGUGUUGAGAUUUCUGUGUAGCAUUACCUGGGGCUUCUGUGACGUAAUCAUCAGAACAAGCGUCUUUCACCUCUGAGAUCUGAUUCUUGCUACGGACUCAUGUGAAAAGAGUCAGUCAACACUCUGCCGAAAGUCGUGGGUUUUCUCCGGGUGCUCUGGUUUCCACCCACAGGGAAAGUUGACAGGGUGGGUUAGGAUAAACACAGUUAGGAAAGUAAUAUCACAAUUGUUGUAAAGAUAAAUAAUACUUGAUGUAAUCGGUCACUGAACAGCCCCAAUUGGGAGCGAACAGAAUGAAGUCUAAUUCUGUUUAUUUCGCAAUGCCUGGAAAUCCAUUAUGAUAUUAGUGACCUCUAGAAAUGGCGUCAAGUUAGAGAAUGAUGGUCCAGGUAUAAUGAGAACACUGUUCACUAACUUCAAAUUUAAAGUUCUGAUCUUUUUGUGUUUUUAUUUCAGCUUGGCUUAUUUUCAUUCUACUGGACAAUCCUCAGUCACAUCGUGAUUUGGGGAUCGAUAAUUGCAUACAUUCUCUUCGCUAUUAUUGCAUCUUGCGAUUCGUGGUAAGAUAAAUGUUGACAUUCAUUACUCUCCAAGUCAUGUAUAGUUGUCAAAUAGUUGUUAAUAGCAGUAUUGCAUGUUCUAAAACUUAGCUAAUUGGCAACAGUGAACUCAAUCUAUUUACCUGGAACGAUAACAUUCAGUCAUUUGGCAGUUAAAAAGUGAAGCUUCGCGUAAGCAACGCGUGAGCAGUGGCGUCAGCCCUCCACACCAUUUCCACGCCAUAUAGUACGUCAGUUUCAGACUCCUUGUACGCCAUCACCGCGCGCGGUCAAUUGCCACGCCAUAUAGUACGUCAGUUUCAGUCCCCUUAUACGCCAUCACCGCGCAGUCUAUCACGAAUCAUGUCAAGUGGCGUUGGCAUUGGCUUCACGUUUCUCCCGCAUGUUAUUCCAGAUAAAAGACAUGGAGUUCACUGAUUGGCAACUGUAUUGCAUGUGAUGCUUCGAUUUUCUUUAAUGAAGAACUAUAUAUAUAUUAUCCACUUUGAAACGUCGCGAAUAACAGCUAAAAGCUUCGCAUCCAUUGUUAAAUUGAAUGCCCUUGGAAUGAUUGAUAAAAUUAUAGUUAAUAGAUGAAAUGGUAUGGAAAUUCAUUAGAAUAACAAUAUAACUCAAAAUCUAUGUUAGUCAACGUUGAUGCAAAAAUAUGAUCCUUCACCGUCACGUGCGUAUUGUAUUUUUGCCAAAUCCACCAGUAGCAGUUUCCAAUUUACCCUACUGUUCGAGUCACGGAUAGGUAACUUUCUUAAAACAUCCUAUUGGUUAGUUGGACAAAAAUACAAUGCACACGUGACGAUGAAGGGCCAUAAUUCUGAAUAACCCUAACCAAUAACAUGGAUAAUAAAUUAUGUAACUUGUAUUGUAAUUAUAAUGCCAAAUCAUCUCUUCAUUGAUAAAAUAAGAUGUAGAUGGUGAACGUUUUGGCAAGAGAGGAGAAUGCUGUAAUAAUGUGCUCGUUUGAUGUAUUUUUAGGGACGCAUUUCAGUUUGGUCAAGCUAGUUAUGAUUUAUAUUGGACAUUUUUACAAUUGCUUGAUGAGCCUUCAGUAUGGUUUGGUUUUAUCGUUCUCUCAGCGGUUGCGCUCAUGCCGGACAUGGCAUUAAUGACAAUUGCAAGAUAUUUCUAUCGAACUAAAACGCAGUUAGCUCAGGUAAGCCCUCUAUGUGUCUUCAUUAAUUUGUCAUGCAUACACCUGGCAGGUAACAUUACUGCAGAGGAAGAGAAAUGUGCCCGGCUGCAAAUUUGCAGAUGAUCUUUAGACAAUGCGAGAAUCAUAGUUAAUGCUGCAAUGAACCAUCAAUCGUGAGUGAUAAUCCCAAACUUGAUCGAUUUUUGAUUUUUUCUUGAUGACUCACACAAACCGCAAAUGCUUGAAACGCUUUGCGCACCAUGCACUUACUAAUAUUUUUAGGACUGUUGGAGAUUGUUAUAAUAUCAAGGUGAUUACUAACACACAGACUAACACACUAACCUGAUACCGACGUGAUUUGUAUGACUUCAUGCUUAAAACGUUUCACCAUAUGUGGAAAAUAAGGGAUUGGGUGUCAGUUAGGACCAGUGAUUGGGUGUAUUGUAAUGUGUUGUAUUCUAGUGCAUGUAUAUGUCUUGUAAUGAUGUUGCAAAUCCAUUAAACUAAGCCAGGACACGUCAAAUUCAUUUAAAAAAUUCGAGGAAGAAUUUUUGUUUCGAUAGUAGUACAAUUCCGAGAAUGAUUAAGCCUUACAGUACAUGCAGUACUUGCUUCCCGCAUGGGCUCGCGCCCAUUUAUUGUUGUAGGUGUAAUUACAUGCAGGUCCCUCUAAUUGGUAUAAAUUAACUUUAAAAUGUAACAAUAUAUGAUGUCGUUAAAUAAAGCCAGAAAUUCUAAAUUCUUGCAGGUGUAACAAAAAUAGUUGUUUUCAAAUUACGGACCACCCCCCUCCCCUAAUACUUUAACAACGAUUAUAUUAGAUCUUUACCACUGAUAAGAUAAAUGUCACUUCAAGAUAAUUAAUACGUAAUUUAUAUAAUGUAACCCAACACGUGGUUUGUUGCUCAAUAGCCGGAGUUUACCUCUGGUUUACCAUUGUUGUACAAAGGACACAAAAAGUUGCGUCCAGGUUAGGCUCAACAGCGGUUGGUCACAACUAAAGAGAACAAGAGAGGCUCCAUCACUUAAUACAACAUGCCAUGCACGUUGAAGACCUCUACUAUUCCGUACUUGAUCUAACCAGUAAACUCUGCAGCUGCCAAUAAGAGACUUCUUGUUCCACGCAUUGCCACUUCAUCUUAUUUUUAUGUUUGAAGCGUGAAAUACGCUGCGAAAGGGGCUGUUCUUAUGAGCCAGGCCAGCCCGGCUAGCCGGCGUGAAACGUGUCACGAAAAAAAAAAGAAGAUCGUUCGAAUGAACUUUAUACUGUUACUGGAAUCAAACUAUAAGCUAAUUCAACUUAACUUAAAAAAAAUGAAAUGUCAUUUUGGAUGUUUAUUAAAGCCGUGAUAAGAACUUUAUUAAACGAAUCAUCCCCGUUAACCAGGCCAGCCCAGCUCCUUAUGAAUAUCGCCUAAAACCUUACAUUGUAUAGGAAUCAUACAAACCAACAACUGGCGAAGUUGAGUUGAUAUUACAUAAAAGUAGACGAAGUUGGAGGAGUGCUAAUAGUGCAAGAAGUACAACUGCCACAGAUGUUGAAGUGGAAGAAUACAGCAGUAGUGAUGAUAUCGUCAAAACUGAACCUCAGAAAAGACGAACUGCAACUGUUAGCCCUACCACCCCAAUACAGACUUAAUAUAAUGUACUAUAUGUGAUGUUGAUUAUAUUAAAAUAUGAGACAGUCUGGGGAUGCAUGGUAGAGCUUCAGAACACAGACUAUAUUGAUUCAGUAGCCAGAUAUAGCGUACAUGCACUGACAAAGAAUGCAUAUUCAGCAUUUAUGGGGUUAACCCACACAAAAUUUCAAAACAUACGAUUUUUCUGACAUUAUUAAUUAGUACUCGGUGGGGGGAAAUUAGCUUGCAACCUGUAUAAUCAUUUAAGAAGCAGUCCAACUGUAAGUAAAUGGCUUGUUUUCGCUAAACAAACAGCUGUAUACAACUGAAUAUAUAGUCAAGAUUGCUCUGGCUGAGAGAGAGCUAGGGCUGUCUUGACUAGAUUCAGUUAAUUCUGUCUUAAUAUAAAAGUGUAAUGUAUAAUAAGUUCACCGAACUAAAAAUAAACAAUAAGAUCAUUUUUAAUAAAAUUAAAUUAAUUUUUAACUUGUUAAUAUACGUAAUUAAAAGUUUUCACAAGGACAUUUGUAAUCAAUUAAAUAAAUUAAUACUAAACACGAGUUUGAUUAAACAACUAUGUAAAUGAUUUUUUAAAAAAAAAUAAAUAAAGCACUGCAUUGAUAAAAUACUGGUAAUAAAAGUUUUGUCUACUAUACCUGUAUCUUGUUGUUAAUGAAUGUUGUCAAUACUGACUUUGAUUAAAACGAAUGGACAGACACACAGACGUUGACAAUUGGACAACUACAAUGGGAAACAAAAUAGUUGCAAUGAUUGUAACAACCUAAUUUUACCUUUUUUUAAUUUAUUGCUCGCAGCGUGUAAACGCACCUUCAAGGAUUUUAGGUUAUCUAUAUAUAAAUUUGUAAAUGUGUAAUUUAAUUGGGAGUUGGCCUCGCAUGGGUUCUUACGACCCGUUCGCUACUUUCCCGUUUGGGAACUGAUUUGUGAGUGCAUUGCAAAGUAAUCCGUUUCUAAUAAAGCUGUUCAAUUAUUUGU